GGUCCACCGCCGCGCGCAAGGCAAGAUGUUGAGGCGCAGUCUGGAAAACCGGGACGCUCAAACCAAACAACUGCAAGAUGCUGUCUCAAAUGUGGAGAAGCAUUUUGGAGAGCUGUGCCAAAUCUUUGCUGCGUAUGUGCGGAAAACUGCUAGGCUGCGAGACAAAGCAGACCUCCUGGUGAAUGAAAUCAACGUGUAUGCUUCUACAGAGACCCCAAAUUUAAAGCAGGGCUUGAAAAACUUUGCUGAUGAGUUUGCCAAGCUUCAGGAUUAUCGACAAGCAGAGGUUGAAAGACUUGAAGCCAAAGUAGUUGAACCUUUGAAAGCUUAUGGAACCAUUGUAAAAAUGAAACGGGAUGACCUCAAAGCAACAUUGACAGCACGGAAUCGAGAAGCUAAGCAGUUAACUCAGUUAGAAAGAACACGACAGCGAAACCCAUCUGAUCGACAUGUUAUUUCACAAGCAGAAACGGAAUUACAGAGAGCUACAAUAGAUGCCACCCGAACAACUCGUCAUCUAGAAGAAACUAUUGACAAUUUUGAAAAGCAGAAAAUAAAGGAUAUAAAGAAUGUAUUUUCAGAAUUUAUCACAAUCGAAAUGUUAUUUCACGGCAAAGCUUUAGAGGUCUACACUGCUGCCUACCAAAACAUACAGAAGAUUGAUGAGGAUGAAGAUUUAGAGGUUUUCCGAAACUCUCUGUAUCCACAAGAUUAUUCAUCUCGUUUAGAUAUUGUAAGAGCAAAUUCAAAGUCGCCUCUUCAGAGAUCACUGUCAGCUAAGUGUGUGUCUGGGACAGGACAGGUAUCCACUUGUCGACUGAGAAAGGAUCAACAAGCAGAAGAUGAUGAUGAAGAUGAAGAGUUAGAUAUUACAGAAGAAGAAAAUUAGUUUUCUUAAGAAAACUUCACAUUUCCAUCUUAAAUAACUACAUUGUCAAACUUUAUCCUCACUUCAUAGGUUGAAAUCUCAAAUGAAAUCUUAUUAGAAAUGGAAAAAUAAUUAAAGGUAAUUUAUGCUGACCAAAACUCCAAGUUUUUAAAAAAUAUUACACACCAGUCUUUUCAACCUUCUACCUAGUGGCAUAUCUUUUUGUGUAAGUUCCAUAUUUUAUGUAUUUUUUAAAAACAUACUAAUACACUUUACCUAAUUAAAGAAGCUAUAGUAGUAGGUAGAUGACAAAAACUAAAUAACAGUUCCACUUAGCUUUCACCUCCAGAAAAGGCUAUGUAGUCAUUCAUUCCGGUUACAUAAAAAUUCUAUUCCAUGAAGUCUUAAGUUUUUGUGGGUUUUUUUUUUUUUUUUACUAAAAUCUGUUUUAUCACUUGAUAUGUGAAUUUAUUUUUCAAUAAAUAUAAUCAAACAGUAAAGGGGGAUAUGUGAAUUUAUUUUUCAAUACUAUAAUCAAACAGUAAAGGGGACACUAAGAUAAUACCAGUGCUUUUUACAAAUAUGCAUAAAGCAUAAAUUUUAGCUUAAAAAAAGCCACAUUCAACCUGAUUCUGGAUUUAAAACAAAACUGUUUAUUAGACAUGAUAUAGCCUUUUGGAAGGCUACUAAUAUGGUAAAAUGCUGCCUCAUCAUGGAACACCAUUAAAAAUACAGUAAAAAUUUUACCAAGCUAUCAUCUAGUUAAUAAAAGGGUAUGUAGUCCCUCUUAUUCCUAACAUUAUAAAACAAUCAAAGCCUUUCUGAUGUUUUUCUUUCUUUUAGUGAGGAAUUAUAGUUUUAUUUCAUGGAUCCCAGUCAGGCAUAUAAAAAUUACGGAAUUUAUAAAAAAUCAUUUGGGAUAACCAGAAAAAGUGAUUAUCCAUAACAGAAAAAUAAAGACGUUCUAGAUUUUUUUGACUUUGUCAUUCAUGGUUUUUUUUUUUAUAGAGACAGUCUCACUCUAUCGCCCUCGGUAGAGUGCUGUGGCGUCACACAGCUCACAGCAACCUCCAACUCCUGAGCUUAGGUGAUUCUCUUGCCUCAGCCUCCCAUGUAGCUGGGACUACAGGUGCCCACCACAACACCCAGCUAAAAUAGUUUUUAUUUCCAGUUUUUGGCCAGGGCUGGGUUUGAACCCACCAACUCCAGCAUAUGGGACCAGCACCCUAUCCCUUUGAGCCACAGGCACUGCCCCACGGUUCUGUUAGCAUAGUCAUAAGUGAUAAGAUUAAUACUUCUUAAAUAAAAUAUUCAAAAUAUUUUAACCCCCUAAAUUAACAUUCUAUCGUUGGAUUUUUAUUACUUCCUCAGUAUUUAAAUUUGGCGUUGUAGUUCAGGGGAAAAAACAGGGUUACUACUCUUUCUGCAUCAUUUGCCUUUUUAUUUAUUUUUUGAGAAGUCUAUGUUACCCUUGGUAUAGUGCCAUGGCAUCACAGCUCACAGCAACCUCAAACUCUUGGGCAUAAGCAAUACUCUUGCCUCAGCCUCCCAAGUAGCUGGGACUACAGGCACCCACCACAACAUCCAGCUAUUUUGUUGUUGUUGUUAUUGCAGUUGUCAUUGUUCAACAGGCCUGGGCUGGGUUUGAAUGCGCCAGCUGUGGUGUAUGUGGCUGGCGCCCUAGUUGCUGAGCUACAGGCGUCGAGCCCAUUUGCCUUAUUUCUAAGGUUGUUCUACCUGUAAUAAAGCAAUCAACAAACAGUUCUGGAAUAAAUAUUGUGCCUACUGCAAAGAAAUAUUCUAAGAGCAAAAGGAAUAGUAUCAAUGAAAAUACUUCCAUCAGUGUAAAUUAAAUGUCAUUAGUAAGACCAGACCUAGAUUGGCAAGCUGCUUCUUAAAGGCCCAGAUGGUAAAGAUUUUUAUCCUUUGUGGGCCAACAGGCAAAAUCAAGGCUAUUACGUGUAUACUUAGGAUGCACAUACAUUUUAUAAUGUAACUACAUUUAAAAUCUAUAAACCAUUCUUAUAUUCCCUGCUGUUAAAAAAACAUUAAAAAAAAAAAAGAAACAGGCAACCAAACUAGUCUACCUAGGUUGUAUAAUGGAGACUGACAGCCUUACUUAGCCUGUUAAGUCUCCAUCUCUUACCUCCAAAAUAAAAAUACAGGUUGAGUAUCCCUUAUUCAAAAUGUUUGGGACCAGAAGUAUUUCAGAUUUUGGAUUUUGGAGUAUUUGCAUCUUACGAUUCAGCAUCCCUAAUCCAAAAAUCUAAAUCCGAAAUGCUCCAAUGAGCAUCUCCUUUGAGGAUGAUGUUGGCACUCAAAAAUUUGAGAUUUUGGAACAUUUCAGAUUUCAGAUUAGGGAUACUCAACCUAUAGUAAACUAGAAUUACUAGGAUUAAAAAUAGUUAAUUCACACAUAUAUUCACAUAUAAGAUCAUAAAUAUAUAGUAUCUAAUGCAUCUCAGUAAAUAGCUAAUAUUUAAUGCAAAGAGAAGCAACAAGGUAACUGCUUAACAGGUGACACGGGUCAGGAGCCACUGCUCUUGACAAUGUUCUCCAUUUACCCUUUAAUAAUGAUUUUUACCUAUCUCUUUGUUAUGGGAUUAACUUUCUAGACAUGAUCCAUAUUUUUCAGAUACUUUUACAGACAAAAAUGUUUGGCAUUGAGACAAAACACUAUUGCAUUUCACAGUAGAACACCAACAUGCCUCCAGUGUACCUGAUAUAUCUGGGGGCAGGAGAGAGGAAAAAUUGACUAUGAAAUUAUAAUUAUUGAAGCUGAUGAUGAGUGAUGAGUACAUAAGGAUUUAGUAUACUAUUUUUAUGUUUGAAAUCAGUAAUGUGCUGGUAAACUGGCUGUGAGGAGGGAAAGGGAGAGUAAUUCUAAUUUGCUGCAUUUACCUAUUUCCAUGGUAUAAAUCCUCCUACCAUGGCCAAAUUAAUGACAUACCACUAAAGGCAGAGUUAAAAAAAGAUGUGCAAAAAUGGCUCCUAACCAGCAGAUACCAGCUUCCUAUGAAGAACUUUUUUUUUUUUGUAGAGACAUAAGAGUCUCACUUUAUCGCCCUCCCUAGAGUGCCCUGGCGUCACACAGCUCACAGCAACCUCCAGCUCCUGGACUUAGGGGAUUCUCUUGCCUCAGCCUCCCAAGUAGCUAGAGCUACAGGCACCCACCACACGCCCAUCUAUUUUUUUGUUGCAGAUUGGCCGGGGCCGGGUUUGAACCCACCACCUUUGGUAUAUGGGGCCGGGGCCCUACCCACCGAGCCACAGGCACCGCCCAACCUAUAAAGAACUUUUUAUAAUGAAGUUUAAAAAAACUAAACCCCUCUAGAUUACUAAACAAAAUAUUGACAUCAAUUUUUAGAACAUAAUACAAAGCUUGUGUUUACAACAGCUGGCCUCUUAACCCUCCAUCCCACGCAUACUCAGUUUGAAAGCAAUUCCAUACUAAGUGAUCUUUCACUUUAAGCUUCAUCUUAGCUAUACUGCUUAGUAUUUGAGACGUGUUUUUAAAUCUUCCAUGUGUUACUCAAGAAGGCUGAUCAAAUGUACUACUAACUUUGAACAAUUAAAAAUAGCAUUUCUUCCUAUUUUGUUCAUUCUACUAGGUUUGGAUAUUCCAGUUUUUCGUCAUUCUAGCUAUCUAUAAGCUUAUUUAAAGAGCCAUACUGAGGUGCCUUUUGAACCAAAUUUAUCAGUUUAUUCAUUCUACUAGUAAGCAGAAUAUUCACUAUUAAAGACAGAAAUUUAAGAAUUCUCUUAGAUUUCUUUAAAUCACUAAAAAUCAUUGCAAAAUACUUAUAGGUACUAAUUACUGACCAAAUAUUCCACCUCUGCAAUAUCCAAUUAUUAAAUGACUGAACUACCCACAUACAAAUUCAUUUUUAUUCUUAUUUACUCAAUGUGCAAAAUUUCGGGAUCACAGAACUAAGGAAAAUUGUGUUUCAUAUAAACUAUAAAAGGCCAACAAAGUCAAAUCAUAUUGGAUAAAACAAUUUUGAAAUAGAAGUCAAUAUUUUCUGUAUCCCCCAAAAAAACCCCUAGAUAUAUAAAAACUUCUGUUUAUUAACAUUUGAGCACCCCCUAGUUUUAUCUUUUUCUAAUGCUAUUUUUAAGCCAACAGUGGAAAUAAAAUAUCAUUUAUCAUUGAAAGUAUCUUUAGCAUAGUCUUACUAAAAUUAAAAACACCAUUUAACAAAGUGAGACAGCAAAAGUUAUUGAGGGUAUGAAGUGGAGUCAGAGGUCUGUCUGGGUUGAAAAUGGCUCCACGAUUUUACUAUCUGUGACUUUAGGCAAACUGCUUAACGUCUCAACUUCAUUAUCUAUAUCCUGUACUUAUUAGGGCAUACUGAGAUUAUGCAUGUAAAGCGCUUGUAAUUCUCAGCUUACAGUAAGUGCCUAGUAAAUGUUAGCCAUUAGUAUUAUGGAUAUAGGAAAAUCAAAUUCAGUAUUUGCAAAAUGUGUACACUAAAUGUUGAGGUCAAAAUUCAAUCUCACAAGUCUUACAUAGUUACAGAGUCUUUGUAUGGAUAUGGAUAUGUUUUUGAAGCUAAAAACUGGGAACCUCAUAUUUCAUGCAUGUUAUAUGAAUUAUCAGUUAAUUUAUCUAGAAAAAUACUAUACCUAUUUGUCAGAUUUUCCCAGCAAAAGCUUGAGGCUCCCCUUGUACCUAUAAUUACAUUCUAUUUUACUGUCUUUUUAGUAUUUUGUGUCAAUCUUACCAACUGGUUGAAAAGAUGUUGCAGAAACCAUAAAAUUAUACACAGCACUAUACAUUAUUAUAAUAGGAUAUAUGGUCUCUCCCAUCAUUAUUAUAGUUUAAUGCCAUUUGUUGAAAAACUUAACAAUACCAACCUGCAAUUUUUUUUCUUUUUAUACAAAUACAAGUUAAUUAGUUGCUCUAUUUGUUUGCAAUUUUUUAUUUUUAUGAAACUUUGCAAAGCUAUGAACAUGGAAACCUUAAGAAUCACCUAAGCUUUUUACAUAAGUAAACUUCAACUUGACAGUCUGUCCAUUUUGAACUAUUUAUAGUUAACAGGAGACUUAACACAAUAAUAUCUCAGACAAAGAAAAGGGCAUUAAUUCUGCAGGCAGGUAGCAAUGAAAACGCCAAACCUGAACAAUCAGUCGCUAUUUCCUUAUACAGUUUGAGUAAAGAUAUAGACUACAGAAUAAAAUAAAAAAGUAAAUAUAAAAUUUAUCUCCUCCAAAUACAACUGUACUUUAUAUAAGUCUUGAGAUUCACCCAUGGCAUCAACAAAAAUUAAUGAACUCAGGGAAUUAGUUCUUUCCUGUCAGGAAAAAAAGCAUAUAUAAUUUUAAAUUAUAAAAACUUAACUGCAAUUUGCAAGCAAAAGAAAACCAGAUUCACAUUCUAUUUACAUUUGUUCUAGUCACAGAUCAAAUUAAAAGUAUUUCUUUUCAUCAGAUAAUU